GAAUAUACAGAUUUUAUUUGGAUAGCCAUAAAGAUUACAAUUUUAAACUCCCUUAAAAUAGAGCACAGAUAUUUAGUAAAGUCCAAAUAAAUAUUUCUGAAGCAUUUACUUUUUGUCUAUACUAAUAGCUUCCAUCCUCAUCUCAUAAAGUUGCCAUGGCUAAUACGAAUGAGAAAAAUGGUUGGAUGUCUAUUCCUCAAUUUGGAGGGUGGGAUCAGAAGGGAGGAACUGACUAUUCCAUGGUGUUUUCUCGAGCUCGAGCCAACAGGAAGCAACAGAAGAUGGAUUUGAGUGAAUUCAAGCGAUCCAGCCUCGGAAAUGAGAGAGAAUUCAUUAAUCCUGCUAAUCAUCAGGAUGAUUCUGUCAUGGUAUGCCUUCAUUUCAACACAACUAAUUUAUGUUUGCUUAUAGUAUCUUUGCCUAGAAAGUCCUUGUUUGUUGAGUUAUUACCAUAUACAUUUACCUGUUUUGGUCCAUAUCCAUUCGUACAAAGUCAAAUCACAUGGAGCAAAGCAUAGCCUUGUGAAAAUUGAUGAAGAAAACAUUUUAGGAUAAAAAGUUCAAAUUAAUCUUUCUAAUUACUUCA